GCGAGGGCGGGUGUGUCUGUCUGUCUGUCUGUCUGCGUCUGAGUGUGAGAGAGAGAGAGAGAGAGAGAGAGAGAAGAAGAAGAAGAAGAAGAAGAGGAGGGCUCGAGCUGUGCCAGACAGCAGACGGAUAUUUGCUGCCCCGUGUUCGGAUACUUUUGGAGGAUGAGUCCCCGCUCAAGGCGUGACCAUUUGGGCCGCGCGUCGGCCGAGCCGGGCCGACCCGCGUGAGAAGGUCGUCCUUCGACUUCUACUUGCCGCUCUGUCCUUCCCGGGGCGCUCGCGCCCGCCGCCCGUCAUGCGGCCUGACGGGAAGCGUCUGCGCUAGGAGUCUCGGGCAUGGCCUGGCUGGACUCCGUGAACGUGGAGCGGCCAGGAGUUUCCGGACCGCGACGCCGCCUCCUCUCUGCGCAACGCGACGUCUUCCGGGUCACCUCCCCCGAGGACGCCGGCGGCGACGCCGGGCCGGAAGCGGACCGACGGGCGGCCCGCGGCGAGAGCGAGGAGUCGGAGGGCGGGUACGUGGCUGUGACGGAGAUGAGGCUGCCCAGAUUUUCCCCGCAGGAAGGAUCCUUGACCCAGGCCGUCGCGCGCGACGGUACGGGUCAUCGCACGCACACGCCGAGCGAUCGGGUCCCCUCCGGCCGCCGAUCGCGUGACCCGGCGGCCCCAAACGCGCAAACCGAGAGGCGGCAGUGGACGAAGGCCUCGGAGCAGCGGAGGCGGGGAGGAGAGGACGCAGACGAGGACGUGCUACGCUGGGAGAAGGACGAGACGGCGACGGGCGGAGAGCGGGAACGAGAGGAACGACGGGACCGGACGGAAGCUGCCGGAAAACCAGGAGCGGCGGAAGCGGCGCCCCGGCGGGAAGUCCGGCCGACGAUCCGAACGGGAAGCGGACGGGGUGGAGACGGAGGGAAAAAGCAAGCGAAAGGAGGACCGGAAGGGCAAGAAGAGAAGGACUCUUAUUUUGAAAAGACGACACACGCUCGAGACCCGUGUCCUGAAAAGUGGCGGAGACGCAACACAGACGCUCAAGACUUUGGUUCGCAAACGCUUCCGCAAAACAUUCACACUGGGGACUCUUAUUCUGAAAAGCUUCCACAACAAAACAUACACACUGAAGACUUUUAUUCUGAAAAGCUCCCAGAACAAAUUCAGACUGAAGGCUCUUAUUCUGAAAAGCUUCCAGAACAAAUUCCCACUGAGGACUCUUAUUCUGAAAUGCUUCCACAACAAAACAUACACACUGAAGACUUUUAUUCUGAAAAGCUCUCAGAACAAAUUCAGACUGAAGGCUCUUAUUCUGAAAAGCUUCCUGAACAAACUCACAAUGAGGACUCUUACUCUGAAAAUCUUCCACAAAAAAACAUACACAUUGAGGACUCUUAUUCUGAAAAGCUUCCACAACAAAACAUACACACUGAAGACUUUUAUUCUGAAAAGUUCCCAGAACAAAUUCAGACUGAAGGCUCUUAUUCUGAAAAGCUUCCUGAACAAACUCACAAUGAGGACUCUUACUCUGAAAAUCUUCCACAAAAAAACAUACACAUUGAGGACUCUUAUUCUGAAAAGCUUCCACAACAAAACAUACACACUGAAGACUUUUAUUCUGAAACGCUCCCUGAACAAAUUCAGACUGAAGGCUCUUAUUCUGAAAAGCUUCCAGAACAAAUUCCCACUGAGGACUCUUAUUCUGAAAAGCUUCCACAACAAAACAUACACACUGAAGACUUUUAUUCUGAAAAGCUCCCUGAACAAAUUCAGACUGAAGGCUCUUAUUCUGAAAAGCUUCCAGAACAAAUUCCCACUGAGGACUCUUAUUCUGAAAUGCUUCCACAACAAAACAUACACACUGAAGACUUUUAUUCUGAAAAGCUCCCAGAACAAAUUCAGACUGAAGGCUCUUAUUCUGAAAAGCUUCCUGAACAAACUCACAAUGAGGACUCUUACUCUGAAAAUCUUCCACAACAAAACAUUCACAAUGAGGACUUUUAUUCUGAAAAGCUCCCAGAACAAAUACAUGCUGAAGACUUUUGUUCUGAAAAGCUUCCGGUCCAAAAUAUACACAAUGAGGACUUUCAUUCUGAAACGGUUCAAACAAAAAUUCACACUGAGGGCUCCUACUGUGAAAAGCUUCCAGAACAAAUACAACAAAUGCACAGUCUUGCUGAGGACUCUUAUUUUGAAGACGGUUUGGCACCCGUUUCAAUCGCCGCGCGCACCAAAGACUCUUAUUGUGAAAGGAAAUGGCAACACGGGGAGUCCUACCAAAGCCUGGCUUCGUUCCAGUCCGGCUUCAGCAGGAUGCUGCUGCGCUCUGGAGUCAUCGCUUUGCCUGGAAGUCGAGAUCGAAGCGGACGCGCUCUUCUGACGGUGGACGCCGGAAACGGCGCCGUGUGGUCCAGGCCCGAAUGCCGGCGUGGCGAGCUUCUCCGCCUGAUGCUCUACUACGCCUCCACGCUCAGUGCGGCCGACGCUCCCGCCGUGACGGCGCUGGUGGACGCCCGGCGGGCCGCGCCCGCGCCCGCCCUCCUCGCCGCUCUCGAGGCCGUGCAGGAGGAGCUUCCGAACCGCCUCCGCAGCGUGUUAGUGCUCAUCGACCGGGACGCGGACGCGCCCGUGCGGGUGGACAAACGGACGCAGGUGGAGGUGUUGACCUCGCUCGAGUGUCUUGCUGAGCGCGUGGAUCUUGAUCAGCUUCCGGGAGAGUUUGGAGGUUCUUUCCGCUUCAGUCACAGCAGCUGGCUGGCCUUCCGAUACGUCAGUACGCACGCACACACACGCGCGCACGCACGCUGGCGUCACGAUGCGCACGCAAUGAGGCACGGGGCGCGUGCGUUGUGUGUCCGCCAGAGAGUGGAGCAGCUGACCAAUCAGUGCGAAGACGUCAUCCAGCUGCUGCGCAAGAAUGUCGACAUCAUGGAGGACACGCGCCUCCCCGACACCCGCCAGGAUGCCGAGCGUCAGCUGAGCGGCUACCGGGCGUUGAUGAGCGGCGUCCUCGGAGACGGCCGAUUGGCGCGCUUGCAGCGGGAGGGCGGGACCUCGCUGUCGCUGCUGCGGCGGGACGGCGAGGGCGAGGGCGGCCCUGCGGCGGCGGCUGCGGCGGACGCCGUUUCCCAUCUGUACGAGCGGGCGGACGAGCUGCUCCACCGGCUGGUGGCCGUCAACAACGGCAGGACGCGGCAGCUCAACUUCAUCCGAGACUUCUGGGCAGCGGCCGACGCCUUCGCGCAGGUGAGGGCGUGGAUGGAGGGCGAGGGCGAGCUGCGGCUCAGGAGCCUCGGCCGACCGGACGGCUCGCCGGAGGCUCUGCGCCGGAAGCGGCGGGACUUCCGUGACUUCUGCUCCUCGGCACGCGCCCGCUGCGAGGAAGGCGAGGUUUUGCUGCGCGGUCUGGACCGCUGGCGCCACGUCUGGACUUCGGACCUGCGCGGCUACGAGGUCCGAGUGGGCUCCAUGCGGGCUCGGCUCCGAGAGUUCUCGCGGCGCGUGGACGCCGCCGGACGGCAAAUCGACAAGGCCGUCGCGCUCUACCGAUUCCUGGACCACGCGUACGGCUGGGCGAUCAAGAGUCGCCACCGUCUGGCCGCCAUCGCCGUGGAGAGGAACAUGUCGCCGGAGCAGUGCCGGGCCGCCAUUGGUUCCUUGGAGGAGCACGGGCGCCAUUACCCUCCGAUCCCAGAGGCCGCUUUCCAGGAGAUGAAGGCGCUGGCCGACGAGCUGCGGGACGAGCGCGGCCUGCGGCAGCUGAGCUUCGCCCGCGCCACGUGUCGGGAGGCCCGCGCCACGUUCGACAAGAAGAUGGCCGACGCGCGGUCGGCUCGAGAUUCGGCCCGCGAGCGACGCUCGCGCUUAAGCGCCGCGUCCGCGGAGACGCUCUCGGGGGCCGGCGACGCCGCCCGGAGCCCCCCGGAGGCAGGCCCUCCGUCGGCUCCCGUCGACCCCCGGCGGGGGCCCCUCCUCUGGCGCCUGUUUGGCGGUGACCCCGCCAGGCCCCGCCUCCACUCGUCCGCCGGCUCCACCCCUUGCUCCUUCCCCCGCCUGCUUCGUAAAACGCAAAGCUUCGACUGUCCCGCCGCCGCCGGCCAGAAGGCGUGCCGCUCGGGCCCCCCGGCCCGCGCCCUCGGCGAGCCGGCGCGCAGAGGAAACACGGGCGUGUUCAUCCGAGGUUUGGAGGUCAGCAGCACUGAGUGCGCCGAGCGAAACCCGCGCCCCAGGCCCGAAGUCCGGGCGGGGCACGGACGCCGUGGGCCCGGGACGCCGGGGACCCCCGCCGCGCCCGAGAGUCACUCUGCGGAAGGACGGGGUGGCGGAAGGAAGUUGCGUCACAUCGUGGAGGAAAUGGUGACCACGGAGCGCAAGUACGUGCGCUCUCUACGCUACGUGAUCGAUCACUACUUCCCCGAGAUGGAGCGCGAAGAUCUCCCCCAGGACCUGCGCGGGAAACGCUUCGUGGUCUUCGGGAACCUGGAGAAGCUUCUGGACUUCCACAGCCAGUUCUUCCUGAAAGAACUGGAGGCCUGCUGGAAACAUCCGCUGAGGGUGUCGCAGUGCUUCCUCAGACACCAGGAGCAGUUUAGCCUGUACGCGCUGUACAGUAAAAACAAGCCAAAGUCGGACGCUCUGCUGGCCAAUCACGGCCUCGCCUUCUUCAAGAGGAAGCAGCGCGAGCUGGCCGACAAGAUGGACUUGUGUUCGUACCUGCUGAAGCCGGUUCAGCGGAUGAGCAAGUACGCGCUGCUGCUGGACGACCUCAUCAAGGAAGUGGGCGCGGCGCAAGAGGCGGAGCUCACCUCGCUGCAGAAGGCCGUCGCCAUGGUGAAGUUCCAGCUUCGCCACGGCAACGACCUUCUCGCCAUGGACGCCAUCCGACAUUGCGACGUCAACCUGAAGGAGCAGGGUCAGCUGCUGCGCCAGGACCAGUUCACCGUCUGGACCGGGAGGAGGAAGUGCGAGAGGCGGGUCUUCCUGUUUGACGAGCUGCUGCUCCUCAGCAAAGCCAAGAAGAUGGACGGACGCCUCGACAUCUUCGUAUACAAACACUCCUUCAAGACGGCGGACUUGGGUCUGACCGAGUCGAGGGGAGACGACGGUCUUUGCUUUGCGAUUUGGUUCCGGAGGAGGACGUCCAAGAACCAGACACUGACCCUGCAGGCCGCCAGCGCCGACGUUAAACGCGCCUGGACGCACGAGCUGACCAGAAUCCUCUGGACGCAGGCCACCAGGAACAAAGAGGCGCGUCUGAAGGAGAUGCUGUCCAUGGGGGUGGGCAACAAGCCUUAUUUGGACAUCCGGCCCAGCGCCGCCGCCAUCAGCGACCGAGCCGUUCACUACAUCACCGGGACACGAGGUGCAAGGACUCGAGCGUCCAUCGCCGUGUCGGCCUCCGAUCGCGCCGACCCUUUCAAGCGCGUGGCGCCGACCUCCGACCCUUCGUCGUCCAGCUUGCUGGGCUCCCUCAACCUGCACGUGUUCCACCACGAGCCGCCGGGGGGCGCCGCGGUCCCCGCGGCAGGCGACGCCGCCUUCGGCACGUCGCCGUGUAUCGAGGAAGACGAGCGGGAGCACGAGACCGCCAGCCAGCCCUCCAUGACCACAGAAAGUUCCGGCUCGUCGUCUCGUCGCCUUUCGGGGUCGACGGGCUCCGACUCGGGCUGCGCCUCCUCCUCCCGCCUCCCGGACCCGAGCUCCGCCUCGUCCUCUCGCUCCUCCCGGAAACCUGAGUCGUCACGCGCACGCACGCUUCCCAUUUGAGUGACAUCACUUCCCGAAAGGGCCGCUCGUCCUCAGGGGGCGGAGUCCGUCGCCGACCCGCUUCGGACGCUUCCUGUCGACGAGGCCUGCGGUUGCCGUGGCGACCUGAGGGACAAAUGUCCUAAAGGCUGCUUUUUCACACACUUUGAAGACAGUUCCUGAACGCACCGCCGUUGUUUGUUGUUUGUGCGUCUGCUGCCACUUUUCUUACAUGAAUUAAAAACAAGGACUGACUCA